AUGGCUGCAGAAUUACAAGAUGAUUCAUCUAAUGAAGGAUCCUCUGCUGAUGGUACCAAGCUUCUAAAGUCGAUGACAUCUCUGCUUUCCUCUCUUCAGACAAAUGUGAUGGCUAUGGGAUCACAUGUAGUAAAUAUUUUGAAGACUCAGAAAGAGGAAAGAAAAGAAGUUGCUGAAUGUGUCAAAAUCCUUAAAGAAUUGGAUAAUACUUUGAAGAAGAAUACGUAUGAGACUCAUGUUGCAAAUCUAAAUUUCUCCAAAUUUGAAAAGCAGCUCUUCAGUCGGCAAUCUGAAAUGAUGAGUCUUGAAAGACAAAUCAAUUUUGAUAAUCAUCGUGAGGUCUUGGAAUCAAUGGAAUUAUAUAAGAAUCAACUCAUUGAAAUUCAAGGAAGUCUGAGAAGAACAGAAGGUGAAAGGUUGGAGUAUGCUGACUCCAUUGCAAGAAUGUUUCAAGAGAAAGAGAAUGCUAAAGCUGUUGCUGAAAGAGAACAGUCCCGUAUCACCCAAGGUGAGCCUAGUAGAAGAGGUGACGGUGUAUCAACCGGUACCAGAUCUAAGCGUGCUCCAACCAACGAUGAAAAUCCAAGGCCAACCAAAAGAGGAGGAGGUCGAAGCGGUGGUGAUCGCGGAGGCCGAUGUAGUGGUGGUGGUCGUGGUGGGCAAUCUGGUAAUGAUCGAGGAGGUCGUUCCAGUGGUGGUGAUCGUGGUGGGAGAACAAGUGGUAGAGGUCGUGGUGGUCGUGCUCUUCCUUCGUUCCAAAACCUGCUAACUGGUGAAGGAAUAAGCGGUGGAGGUUUCAACUAUCCAAUCUAUCCUCGAGUGAAAAGGGAAGAACAAUGA